AUGAACGGCUAUGGCUCCCCGUACCUCUACAUGGGCGGCCCGGUGUCGCAGCCACCGCGGGCUCCGCUGCAGCGGACUCCGAAGUGCGCCCGGUGCCGCAACCACGGCGUGCUGUCCUGGCUGAAGGGCCACAAGCGCUACUGCCGCUUCAAGGACUGCACCUGCGAGAAGUGCAUCCUCAUCAUCGAGAGGCAGCGGGUGAUGGCCGCGCAGGUGGCGCUCCGCCGGCAGCAGGCCAACGAAAGCCUGGAGAGCCUCCUCCCGGACUCCCUGCGCUCCCUCCCCGGGCCGCCGGGCAACACCGAGCCCCCCACGCCGCCGCCGGGGCCGUCGCCCUGCGCCGCGCCGCCGCGGACCCCCGCCGAGCUGGCCGCCGCCGCCGCCCUCCGCUGGGCCGCCGAGCCGCCGCCCGCGCUCCCGGGGCCGCUCCCAAAGGCAGACAUGAAUGAGGAGCGCUUGGGUGAUGCAAGUGGAGCAGACAAUGCCGAGACCUACAGUGACAAAGACACAGACCAAAGGAGUUCCCCAGACAUGACUAAAGCCAAAAGUUGUUUCAACCCUGAAAGCCCUGAAAUUGUUUCAGUGGAUGAGGUUGGUUUUGCAGUUCAGAAAAAUGGUGGCAGCACAGAGAACCGUUCAGACAGCCCCAAGUACCAUCCAGAGCAGAACCACCUCCUGAUAGAAGGUCCUUCUGGGACAGUUUCUUUACCAUUCAGUUUGAAAGCAAACAGACCCCCACUUGAAGUCUUGAAAAAGAUUUUCCCUAACCAAAAGCCAGCUGUGCUAGAGUUGAUCCUGAAGGGGUGUGGCGGUGACCUGGUGAGUGCUGUAGAGGUUCUCCUGUCCAGUCGGUCUUCAGCGGCCAGUGGAGAGAGAACUUCUGCAGAAUCUGAUGGUCUUGUUUUGCCUUCCAACGGGCAUAUUUUUGAACACACACUGAGUUCCUAUCCUAUUUCAUCUUCUAAGUGGUCUGUGGGCUCAGCAUUUAGGGUUCCCGACACUCUGAGGUUCUCUGCUGAUUCCAGUAAUGUUGUGCCAAAUCCUUUAGCUGUACCUUUGCAGCACCCUUUCCCUCAGCCACCACGCUACCCGCUGAUGCUGAGGAACACUUUGGCAAGAAACCAAUCCAGCCCGUUCCUACCCAACGACGUCACCCUGUGGAACACCAUGACACUGCAGCAGCAGUACCAGUUGCGGUCACAGUAUGUCAGUCCUUUCUCUAGCAACUCAGCCAGUGUUUUCCGAAGCUCACCUGUCCUUCCUUCCCGAUCGUCAGAAGAUCCUAGGAUCUCAAUUCCUGAUGAUGGAUGUCCUAUUGUGUCUAAGCAACCAAUUUACACAGAAGAUGAAUAUGAGGAAAGGUCUGAUUCUUCAGACUCAAGAAUACUCAACACAUCUUCUUAG